CGCCGCGCUGUGCAGGAACCGGAGCGCGCAGGGCGGAUGCAGCCGGCAGGCCAUGGGCGACUGCGGCCUGAGCCACCCGGAGCUCACGGGGCUGUUCGAGGCCAUGAGCUGCGAGUUCGAGAGCGCGGAGUCAAGACGUGAUGCCUCAGAAAUCUCAGGAGAACCUCCUAUAAAAGAGAGAUUUUCCCCAGGAGAAACAGCAUCUGGUUCCAAAACUGUCCUGCAGGAUUCUGCUGGCCCUGAAACCAAGUUACAGGUGGAAGAGGAGCCAAUAAGCACUUGCUCUUGCAGCAUGGUGGAAGAUGCAGUAAAAACGAUGCAGUACGUGAUGGAGAAGUCUGGCAUGGACCUGCUCACUGUCACCCAGGCCUUUCUGAAGAACAGUGGUGAUGCGGAGGCUACUUUGCACUUCCUGCUUACGGGGCAGCGCCAGGACGGGUACCCUGUGUGGAGCAGAGAGGAUGAUUUGGAACUGCAAAGAUACGAUGAGUCUGUUAGAAAUACAUUGAUAGCAAAGUUUGGAACUGAGAACGUGGCAAAGCGGAUCGCAUUUAGGAAGAGUUAGUGGACAGAGCAGAGGGGAAUGGCUGAUCUGGGACUGUGCAGGAACUUAAAAACUAGUCAUUUCAGAGGUGCAAAUACAACAGAAAAUUUGAUGCAGCAGAUUGACAGUCCCACUUGUGACCAGCAGGUCAUUGACAGUCCCACUUGUGACCAGCAGGUCAAAGGAGGUGAUCCUGCCCCUCUACUCUGCUCUUGUGCGACCCCACUUGAAG